GGGGAACAGGCGCCGUUAUACACCAGCGUGGCAUUUCCUUCCUCUCUCUGCUCGGGAGAGCCGGCGAGCGAAGGCGGAUCUCAUCGCCCACGAGAAGGGAGGAAAGCGGGGAGGAACGGGGGGGGGUCUGGGCUGAUUCUCUGAUCUCAUCCCCCAAGCCAGUCAGCUGCGAGCUGUCUGCCUCUCAUGUCAGCUGAUCCAGGAGGGGAGCCUUCUGUCUCUCCUUCACACUUCCCUUCUGACUUCUCAAGUGGAUUUUGUUGUUUUUUGUUUUCCUAACACAACGACAACCAAAAACUCUCGGGUCAGGAGGAGGAGGAGGAGGAUUUAUUCCAAAGGGCUGGCCGGUUGGGCGACUGAAAGCAAAACACCAACGAACGCACCAGCCCCAAACUGGAUUGCCCGGCAACUUUCCUCCAACAAGGUUCCUUCUCUCGCCGUCCAGAAUGGCUUCCAAUUUUAAUGACAUAGUGAAGCAAGGGUAUGUCAAGAUUAGGAGCCGGCGUUUAGGAAUUUAUCAGAGAUGCUGGCUAGUCUUCAAGAAAGCAUCGAGCAAAGGGCCCAAAAGAAUAGAGAAAUUUUCAGAUGAGCGUGCUGCUUACUUCAGAUGCUACCAUAAGGUUACGGAACUUAAUCAUGUGAAGAAUAUAUUGCGGUUGCCAAAAGGCACAAGGAAGCAUGCUGUAGGGAUAUAUUUUAAUGAUGACACAUCCAGGACGUUUGCUUGUGAAUCAGAGCUUGAAGCAGAUGAAUGGUGCAAAGUCUUGCAGGUGGAGUGCCUGGGGACUCAGAUUAAUGAUAUUAGCCUUGGAGAACCUGACCUAUUGGCUUCCGGUGUAGAGAGGGAACAAAAUGAGAGAUUCAAUGUGUAUUUGAUGCCAUCCCCUAAUUUAGAUGUGCAUGGGGAAUGUACCUUGCAGAUAACAUUUGAAAAUAUCUGUCUUUGGGACAUCCAGAAUCCCAGAGUAAAGCUCGUCUCUUGGCCUUUAAGCGCCCUACGGAGAUAUGGGCGGGACUCAACUUGGUUUACAUUUGAAGCUGGAAGGAUGUGUGACACAGGGGAAGGACUAUUCAUCUUUCAGACGAGAGACGGAGAGGCAAUCUAUCAGAAGGUUCACUCGGCAGCACUGACCAUAGCAGAACAACACGACCACUUAUUACAGAGUGUGAAAAACUCAAUGCUACAGAUGAAAAUGAGUGACAGGGCUGUUUCCCUUGGCACCAUGGUCCCAUUGCCCCGCAGUGCAUAUUGGCAACACAUCACACGGCAACACAGCACUGGACAACUCUUUGGCUUACAAGAUAGUCCGUUGAAGAUUCAUCGAACAGAAACUUUCCCCACCUAUCGGUCAGAGCACUGAUAAAGAAAAGACAAAGACUUUUAAAACGAGUGGUUUUAGGGUGGACUGAUCCGCUUUCAUUAACAAUUGUGCAACAAUAAUGAAGCAGACAGAAGUAAGGAAGAAUGGAUUAUGACUGCAAUGUUAUUUUUUAAUCUUCAGGCAAAAGUUAUACAGCUUAGAGAUAAAAUUGGGAAGUUGCUGUAUUUCAUAGUUACAUCCAGAAGAAAGAAGCUCUUCUUCAGUGUGUGAUUUUUUUUUAAUAUAAUUGAUAACUGUUGAUGAUUUGUCUUAUGCUAUCAGUUGUUCAAGAUUCAUUUUGAUGGUAUCUUAGAUAAUGUCAUUUACAUGUAUAAACUACAUGUAAUAUUUGUAUAUUUUUCUUUAACUUCAGUGUCCUGAUUCAUCACUGAGCAUAGCACUUUUCAGAAUGGUGACCAGUUUUUUGGAACUGGAAUCUGUUGUCCCUGUCUAUUAAAGUCUGAUUAAGACUCAUCUAAGUUAUCAACAGACAAUUCUCUUGUCUUGUUAUGUUUUAUUUCAUACUCCUAUGUUUAAAUAUGUCUUUUAGAAGUUUAGAAAUAAAGUGCCAUUUGCCACAUCACUUGAAAUAUUGCAUGCAAAUUUUGUGAGAGCCACAGAUUGAGAACAUUAACAGAAGCAUCAUAUCCAAGUAAUAAGUGUGCAACACAGCAUUUGCAAGAUCAUAUUUGGAAUACUUUGAAAGGCUUUCAGAUUGUAUGAUUUCUUCAAUAUUUUUUUAGAUCACAGACCAAAACCUCCAAAUAUUUGCUGACUCAUAUUGACCAAUCAUACCUCUGAUUGACAGGUGCUGGAGAAAUGGAGAUGAAGCUCUGCCACCCUGGGUUCCUUUGGAUAUAAAUAAAUAAAUAAAUAAAAGUAUGGAUUUCUACUGGGACAUCAGCUAGGAGCAGGAUCAAAAUAAUUGCAUCUUCAGUUUGGGCUAUCUGUGAUUAAUUAGGGUUGCCAGGUUCAGGGCCUGAGAUUGAUCCUGUAUCUUU